AUCAUAUGAUCGUAAGAGGUUAUCAUUUUGAAUGCAUCAUUACAUGAUUUGAACGACUGAUAUUGCAAUUUUUCUUUAGCACUGUAAAAUGAAUUGUGUGACAGUUUUCUGUGAUAAAGCUCUCUUAUAUCUGUAAUUAAAAAAUUGUUUAUAAAGAGCAGAUUUACUUUGCAAGCAUUUGUUUUUUAUAUCUGUCAGAUGGAAGUGUCAAAUGAUGAUAAAGAAAACCAUAUAUCAUUUUUAAAUAAUAGUAGGAGGUCUAAGUCGCCGCACGCUAUCGAAUCCUUAUUAUCGUUGGAUAAUACAUUGUUGUGUAAUGUAGAAACUGACAGUGGACUGCAUACUUCCUCCGAAAUGUGCGAGUCCUUUCGGGAGCACAAUGGUGCAACAGCACAAGUUUCUGACGAGCAGAUACAAAACAUUAAAACCAAUGCAACAAUUAUGUCAAAAGUGUUACAAAGCACGUCUCCUAACAUAAAUGAAUGGCAAGAUAAAUCCUUACUGAAUCAAGUAUUCGCUCAGUUUGAUUCCCAGAGCGAAGCACUUGUUUCAGAGAAUUGCAAUAAUAUCAGUAACUUGGAUAUGUUUGAUACAUUUUACAAAGAAGACACAAAAUUUGAGCCGGCAAAUACAGAGCAAAAUAUUGAAAGAACAUCUUUAGAUAAAAUGAAUAAUAGUAUAUUGGACCAAGAUAAAGUGACUGAUAUAUCAUCUUUACAUAUCACAGAUUUUGGUGAUUAUACUUUAGAGCAUAAUAAUUAUAUAAGUCCUUCCAGAGAAGAUGACAAAGAUAAAUCACCAAUUCUAAAAACUAAAUCUAAAACUUUAAAGGAAUGUAAGAUACCAAGAAAAAAAUUGCGUUUAAAUGAUAAUGAAGUAAAAUCAGAGAUCAAAAUAAAAAAGGAAGAAGAAAGUUCCACAAAACAAUCUUCAUUUUAUGGUUUAACAGACACUGUGAAAAAACUGAUUCAAGAAACCAAAGGAAUUUGUGAGUUAUAUCAAUGGCAAGAUGAGUGUUUAAAGUCAGCUAUUAGCACCAAGAAGAAUUUAAUUUAUGCUUUGCCAACAAGUGGUGGAAAAACAUUGGUUGCAGAGAUAUUAAUGCUUAGAGAAAUUAUACUUAAUAAGAAAAAUGCAAUUUUUAUACUUCCAUAUGUGUCUUUGGUGCAGGAAAAGGUUCAAUCAAUGGCUAUAUUAGCAUUAAAACUAGGUUUUUUAAUCGAAGAAUAUGCCGGUGCAAAAGGACGUUAUCCACCAAUCAAACGGCGAAGAAAAAAUAGCAUUUAUAUAUGUACUAUAGAGAAAGCUUUAGGACUUGUAAAUAGUUUAAUAGAAAUGAACUGUUUAACUGAGAUUGGCAUUAUAGUUAUUGACGAGUUACAUUUACUUGGAGAGUCUGGGGGAAGAGGUGCUACAUUAGAAGUGCUUCUUACAAAGAUAAUGUUCUUUAAUGACACAAUACGCUUAAUUGGUAUGAGCGCAACAAUAGGUAAUUUAAAUGAAAUUGCUCAAUUUCUCAAUGCGGACACAUAUUCUCAAAACUUUCGACCGAUUGAAAUAACGGAAUAUGUGAAGUGUGAGAAUGAUAUCUGGGUAGUCAACUUGAAUAGGGAGGAAUUGUUAGUAGAUAUGAGCAGCAAAGAUUACAAGUACUCAGAUGAUGUAGCGAUACUAGAUCCAGAUAGAAUUGGCGGUUUGGUAACGGAAGUAGCACCGAACGAUUCAUGUCUUAUAUUCUGUUCAAGUCGUAAAAAUUGUGAAAAUGUAGCUUUAUUAUUAACUAAAGUUUUGCCCAAAAGUUUGUGUGAGUGCAAAGUAGAUGAAAAAAUAACGUUGCUAAACGCACUUAAGACGGAAGAAGGUUUAUUGUGUCCUAUUUUGCGGAAGACCAUUAAAUUUGGCGUGGCCUACCAUCAUUCUGGACUUACAGGUGAAGAGCGUCGCUUGUUAGAGGAUGCUUUCAGAGGAGGUAUUUUAUGUGCAAUAUGUUGCACAUCAACUUUGGCAGCUGGUGUUAAUUUACCAGCGAGAAGGGUAAUAUUACGUAGUCCGUAUGUUGGUAAUCAAUUCUUGAAUUUAAGUAGAUACAAACAAAUGAUUGGUCGUGCUGGUCGCGCAGGUAUGGGAGUUUUAGGAGAAAGUAUACUUAUUUGUAAAAAAUCUGAGAUCGAUAAGGUGAAAGAACUCUUGAUGUCCCAAAUGAAUGACUCACUGAGUAGUUUACACACAGAAAACGAUAGAGGAAUGAACAAUCUGAUUUUAAGUGCAAUACAAUUAAAUAUGGCAACAACUAGGUCGGAAUUUCAGAAAUUGACAGCUGCAACGCUACUUAAUAUUCAACAAAAUAAAAUAGAUGUCAAUUUAAAAGCAAUCACAGAUGAAACCGUAACAAAAUUACUAAAAUGUGGUGUGAUAGAAGUAAAAGGUAAAGGCGGCAAUACUGGCAAUCCUAAUGUAACUGUUGCCAUUCCAUCUCAAGAAAUAAUGAAAUCGCCGAAAGAAGGAGUGAAAACGGUCACGUUUACAAGUGAAACUGAGUUUCAGCUUUGUGACUUGGGACAAGCUGCGAUGAAAGGUCCGAUCGAUUUAAAAACUGCAUACAUACUGUAUAAGGAUUUAAAAGUAGCUCAAAAGAAUUUAAUCUUAAUCGAUAAUCUUCAUCUUUUAUAUCUCGUCACACCUUACGACAGCGCAUCUCAAAUUACUCCCAUCGGCAGUAUUUAUUAUGAUGUGAUAAUGGACUUGACGGAAAGUCAAAUGCAAGUUGCUAGACUUCUCGGAAUAACAGAAGCUACGGCAAAUAAAUUACGUGAUGGUAUAACGCCUAAGUCUGUCGAAAAAAGGGUAACUCACAGAUUUUAUGUAACGUUAAUAAUACACGAAUUAUGGAAACAUCAUUCAGUUUAUUUUGUUGCCGAGAAAUAUCAAGUCAAUCGAGGUAUUAUACAAGUUCUUUUAAAUACAACCUCAAUGUUUGCAUCUUGUGUGGUGAGAUUUUGUCAGGAGUUACCUGAGUUUUGGGCAUUUACUGAGAUGUUGGGCUCAUUUAGUAAAAAAUUAUCUUACUGUUGUCCAUUAGAAUUGGAAACAUUAAUGGAACUUCCGUCAGUUAAAAUAGGUAGAGCCCGUCAAUUGUACAAAGCCGGCUAUAAAACUUUACAAUCUAUAGCAAAAGCCGAUCCGAGAGAGUUAGAAGACAAAAUUCCAUAUUUAAGUAAAAAAAUAGUAGCACAAAUUACAGCUGCAGCAAAACUUUUAUUACUGCAAAAAGCAGAGGACUUAAAAGAUGAAUUUGAAACCAUUCUGGAAAGUAUAAAUGUGAGUCAACUAGAACUAGGUUUAUAAAUUCUAAUAACUUUUCAAAAUUUUUUUCUAAAAUAGAUUUCUAAGCCUAAACAUAGUUAUUAUUAUCAAAC